AUGCAAAAAACAACCCGAAAGCACAAAUUAUUCUGUUCUGGGCCAAUGGGGAACAAAUCUGUUAACAAACUUCCUGGAAUUGGUCCUGUGUUGGCUGAACGACUUGAAAAGAUUGGAAUAAGAAGAGCAAAUGAGGUCCUGGGUCAUUUCCUGGUCUUGCAGUCGGAUGAGUGGAAGUUUAAGGACUGGCUUAGAGACUCAUGUGGAGCUAAUGCAAAGUAUCAAAGUGAUUGUUACAACUGCCUGAAGGAAUGGACAGAUAAUUUUUUGUAAAGUUGAUAAAACUGGUUGCCUUGUUGCACUCAUAUUACGUAUGUUAAUGUCAUUUAUAUAGCCUUCUGCAACAGCAAGGUAUAGUACAACAGUUGAAAAGAAUGGGUCUUAUAAAUGUGUCUUUAUCUUUACUGCAUCUUGCUUUAGUUAAGAAAGCUGUUUAUGUCACAUAAUAAGUACAAAUAAUGCAUUACAGUGCAAAAC